UAAAGUUAUUCAUAAAUUAUCUCUCUUAAAUCUUUUAAACUCUCUCUCCGUCGAUUCUCUCAAUCAAAGCGAGCAACCAAACCUCUUUUGAAUCAAAACGACCAAGCAGCAGAAAGCAAAACGACAGCAAUAAUAUGGUUGAAACCAGACGCAGCUCCUCCUCCUCCUCCAAACGCUCCCUUCCUCCCUCUUCUCCUCCUCCCUCUUCUAAAAGAUGCAAAGCGGCUGCUGCUGCUGCUGCAUCUGAGGUAUCAUCUUCGACCAGCGAUGUACCGACACCGGUACUGCCGAUAGAAAAUACAAGUCAGGAAAAGGAUUCCGGGUCUGAAUUAGAUUUGCAGGUUACUAAGUCUGGAGAGGAGACUCAAGCCGAGGAAUUGGUGUCUUUAGAUGAAGUCACUGCCAAUGGAGAGAAAUCCAAAGGUGCAGUAGUGCUGAACAAGUCAAAGAAGCGAGUACCAAAAUCAGUAAAGUCUAAUGCCAAGGCUGCAUGGGGCCAAUUGCUGUCCCAAUGUUCACAGAACCCUCACAAGCUGAUAAAUAGCACUCUUUUCACUGUUGGUCAAAGCCGACAAUGCAAUUUAUGGCUUAAUGAUUCAUCCAUCAGUACUAUUUUAUGCAAACUGAAGCACAUAGAGCGUGGAGGUGCACCUAUUGCCUUAUUGGAAAUCACUGGGGGAAAAGGAGCAGUCCAAGUAAAUGGUAAACUUUAUCAAAAGAAUGAAACUGUAGCAUUAAAUGGUGGCGAUGAAGUGAUUUUCACUACUUCUGGAAAACAUGCAUAUAUAUUUCAGCAGCUAACAAGCAAUAGCUUAGGCACACCAGGCAUGCCUUCUGUGAGCAUCUUAGAAGCCCAGAGUGCUCCUAUAAAAGGGAUUCACAGUGAGACAAGGUCUAGAGACCCCUCAGAUUAUGCAGGCGCAUCAAUAUUGGCUUCUUUGUCACAUCUUCUUCCACCUGCUGCCAAAACUGGUGAGGAUGGGCAGCAAAAUACAGAUUUUUCCACCUUGCCUUCUGGCUGCGAAGCAUCCGAAGAUCAUGUUCCAGAUGUUGAAAUGAAGGAUGGCACAAGCAAUAAGGAUCCCAUUGAUGUUUCCCCAAGCGAGAAACCUGUUGCUCCUUCCUCUAAUGCUGCCAAUGAAAAUGCCAAUGCUGAUAGCAUGAGAUUGGGUGCUUGUACAAAUGCAGUUAUUGGAAGGAUUCCAAAUUCAACUUAUGAGUUAAAGCCAUUGUUGCGGAUGCUUGCAGGUUCAUCUUCUGAAUUUGAUAAAAUAUUUGAUGAGAGGGAAAGGAGAGAAUUCCUCAAGGAUCUUGAUCCUCCACCAGUUCUAAUGUCCACUAGACGGCAGUUGUUUAAGGAUAGUUUACAAAAAGGAAUUCUAAACCCUGAAGAGAUUGAAGUUUCAUUCGACAAUUUCCCAUAUUAUCUAAGUGAUACAACUAAGAAAGUUUUGAUUGGUGCUGCAUUCAUCCAUCUGAAAUGUGGUAACAAAGUUGCAAAGUUUGCUUGUGAUCUCCCUACUGUGUCCCCACGCAUGUUACUAUCUGGUCCUGCAGGCUCUGAAAUAUAUCAGGAGACUCUGACAAAGGCACUUGCCAAAGAUGCUGGUGCUAGACUACUGAUUGUGGAUUCACUUCAAUUGCCUGGUGGAUCAAUACACAAAGAAGCUGAUUCUUCUAGAGAAAGUUUAAAAUCAGAAAGAGUCUCUGCAUUUGCCAAAAGAGCCAUGCAGGCAGCAUUACUAACUAAGAAACCUACUUCUAGUGUGGAGGCUGGUAUAACUGGUUGCUCUACAUUUGGUUCUCAUGCCCGGCCAAAGCAGGAAACUUCAACUGCAUCAUCCAAAAACUACUCGUUUAAAACAGGUGACAGAGUAAAGUUUGUGGGUACCUCCUUGGCAUCUGCAAUUUCUUCUUUGCAGCCUCCUUUAAAGGAACCGACAAUUGGUUUACGAGGCAAGGUGGUCCUUGCUUUUGAAGGAAACAACUCCUAUAAAAUUGGUGUUAGAUUUGAUCAAUCCAUCCCAGAAGGCAAUGACCUGGGUGGUCGUUGUGAAGAGGAUCAUGGUUUCUUUUGUACAGCUAAUUCACUUCGUUUGGAUAGUUCUGGAGGAGAAGAUGUUGACAGGCUUGCUAUUAAUGAGCUCUUUGAGGUUGCUUUAAAUGAAAGUAAAAAUGGCCCCCUAAUCUUGUUUUUGAAAGACUUAGAGAAGUCUGUGGUGGGAAAUCAAGAUGCAUACAGUUCCCUAAAGAGUAAGCUUGAGAAUUUGCCAGAGAAAGUUAUCGUAAUGGGCUCCCAUACCCAGAUUGACAAUCGUAAGGAGAAGUCCCAUGCUGGUGGUCUUCUAUUUACGAAGUUUGGCGGCAACCACACUGCAUUACUUGAUCUUGCUUUUCCGCCUCUAAUUCAGGAUAGCAUUGGAAGACCGAGUGAUAGGAGCAAAGAAACACCCAAAGCAAUGAAGCAGCUCUCACGACUUUUCCCAAACAAAGUAACAGUACAGUUGCCACAGGAUGAAGCAUUGCUUGUGGACUGGAAACAGCAGUUGGAGCGUGAUAUUGAAACUCUGAAAGCACAAGCCAACAUUUUUAGCUUUCGUUCAGUUCUCAGCCGAGUUGGUUUGUGUUGCCCUGACCUAGAAACUGUGUGCCUUAAAGAUCAAGCCCUUACAACUGAAAGUGUGGAGAAAGUAGUGGGAUGGGCUUUGAGUCACCACUUCAUGCAUUGUUCUGAAGCCUCUGUCAAUGAUUCCAAAAUUCUUAUAUCUUCUGAAAGCAUUUUGUAUGGAUUGAGCAUUCUACAUGGCGUACAAAAUGAAAGCAAGAGCUUGAAGAAGUCGCUGAAGGAUGUGGUCACUGAGAAUGAAUUUGAGAAGAAACUUCUAGCAGAUGUCAUGCCUCCUAGUGACAUUGGAGUUUCCUUUGAUGACAUUGGAGCCUUAGAAAAUGUGAAGGAUACCUUGAAGGAACUGGUUAUGCUCCCUCUGCAAAGACCUGAAUUGUUUUGCAAAGGACAGCUGACUAAGCCUUGUAAGGGAAUAUUGCUGUUUGGGCCUCCUGGUACUGGGAAAACAAUGCUGGCAAAGGCUGUAGCAACUGAGGCUGGUGCAAACUUUAUAAAUAUAUCUAUGUCGAGCAUUACUUCGAAGUGGUUUGGAGAAGGUGAAAAGUAUGUCAAGGCAGUGUUCUCUUUAGCUAGUAAAAUCGCUCCUAGUGUUGUUUUUGUUGAUGAGGUGGAUAGCAUGUUGGGAAGACGUGAAAAUCCAGGGGAGCAUGAGGCUAUGCGUAAGAUGAAGAAUGAGUUCAUGGUGAAUUGGGAUGGCCUGCGUACAAAAGAUAAAGAACGAGUCUUGGUACUUGCUGCCACAAAUAGACCUUUUGACCUUGAUGAGGCUGUUAUUAGGAGACUUCCCCGGAGAUUAAUGGUUAACUUGCCAGAUGCACCGAAUAGAGAAAAAAUCCUGAGGGUUAUCUUGGCCAAAGAAGAUUUGGCACCUGAUGUUGAUUUAGAAGCAGUUGCAAAUAUGACUGAUGGCUAUUCUGGGAGCGAUAUAAAGAAUCUUUGUGUUACUGCUGCACAUUGUCCUAUACGAGAAAUUUUAAAAAAGGAAAAGAAGGAAAUAACUUUGGCAUUGGCUGAGAAUAGUCCAUUGCCCACAUUGUACAGCAGUUCUGACAUCCGUCCUCUUAAGAUGGAGGAUUUUAGAUAUGCACAUGAACAGGUUUGUGCAAGUGUGUCAUCAGAGUCUACAAAUAUGAACGAGCUCCUCCAAUGGAAUGAUCUAUAUGGAGAAGGUGGAUCGAGAAAGAAGAAAUCGCUCAGCUAUUUCAUGUAGAGAAUGUAUGUUUCAUGUAUAGGCAUUUCUUGUUUAAUUUAUUCUUAAGUCGCCUAGAUUUAGGACCUGUAUUUUGUGGAAAUUUCAUUGCAGGUCCUGACCGUAGAAUAGGUUUUAAUUAUUGACGGCAUUCAGGAAUCUGACUAUAUUUAUUGGCUGGUAAUUUGGCCGAAUUUGCAUUUUUCUUCUUCUUU